AUGUCUGAAAUGACUGUUGCCAAUAAUCUCAGCGUUUGUAAAGCUUAUGGCAAUCACAUGAUCUGCGGCGGAAGGGACGUCCUCUUUUCGGUCUGGGAUUUAGAAAAGUCAGGAGCUCCCAUAUUCACAGCAAAGAAUGUCCGACCCGAUACUCUUGAUUUAAACGUUCCCAUUUGGCUCUCAGAUGCAUCUUUUGUUGAAGGUUAUGGCAGCCGCUUGUUUGUUACGUCCUCUAAAUAUGGUGAUUUUUGCGUUUAUGAUCUCCGCAGUAAUCAGCGAAGACCUGUGUCUCGUUCAGCUUGGAGAAUUAGUAACAAACAGGGCAAAAAAUCUGUUGGAACGGGGCAUAAUCCAGCAAUGCUGCGGGAUUUAACGGUAACACGACCUAUCACUCGUUGUGUGGCUUAUUCCUCGGCUCCUGGAUCUGGACUAAGGGCUGUUGCAGCUAACGCGAUUGGAGAUAUUUGUCGCUUAGAUUUCCGUGUGCCUCAUAUUAGCCUGGUUUCGGAUAAAGAGGCUGAAAAAAGGAGAAAAGCCAAAUCUGUGGGAGCUAGAGCACCUGUGCCACCAAGUCGUGUGCUGGGAUAUAUGCCACCUUCACUUGGUUCUGUGUCUGCCCUAGUUUGUGGUGGAGCUGGUUGUGCUAAUCUUCCUCAUGCUAUGCCUGGCGCAAGUGUAAAUGAUCAGCCGGUGGUUGUAUCUGCUUCUUUGGACAGGCAUAUUCGGGUCUACCAUCGUGAUACCGGUGUACUUGUCAACAAGAUUUUCACUAAAGCUCCUGUCUCCACUUUCCUCAUUCGCGAAUCGGCUACAGUUCCCCUUACUGGCACUACUGACAAGGAGGGGGUUGAAAAUGGCGAUGAUUGCGAACAGGUCAAUGCAGAAGGUGGCGAUGUUUGGGACGAAAUGGUGACUGUGGAAGAGCCUCCGCUCAAGCGAACGAAGACGGUCAAGCAGAAAUAA